AUGAUUGAAGUCAUAGCCAUGAUCAAGGGCCUGCAAGUUCUCAUGGCUCGAAUGGAGACGGUGUUCGCUGAUGCUGCUAGGAGGUCCAUAUAUGCGGAGCUCCAGGACUUUGUUCAGCUCGUCCUGAGGGAACCGCUUCGGAAGGCCAUUAAGAACAAAAAGGAUCUUAUAAGAAGUAUUGUAGUGUCAGUCCGUGAGACAUGCGGUGACUGGGCGCGAGGCUGUGAGCCCCAGCAGGAUCCAGCUCUUCGUGGAAAGAAGGAUGGGGAGGCCAGCUUUACCAUCAAAGUGCCUAGGAGGAACGUAGGUACGUCUUAUACCCGCUGGAUUUGUACAACGACUCGGCGCAAUACGCUCUCACUGUCUUCAAGAAACAGUUCUUGUACGACGAAGUCGAGGCUGAAGUCAACUUGUGUUUCGACCAGUUUGUCUACAAGUUGUCCGAACAAGUCUACUCGCAUUAUAAACAACUCGCUUCCAGACUUGUACAUACGGGACUUAAAGCUAUAA